AUGCUUCUAUGCGAGUGUCAGGCGCCAACCUCACGGUACAAGGAGGCGUGUAUUUUGUUCGUGGCGGGAGAUAUAGGAGUGACAUGGGGCGCGCACCGGCUCUGGUCCCAUAGAAGUUUACGCGUGCGGCUUCCUCUGCUGGUCCUGCUGAUGAUAUUUCAGUCGAUAUCGUUCCAGAACAGCGCGUUGACCUGGGCGCGCGACCGCCGCUUCUGCGACACCGACGCCGAUCCAUACAACUCGAAGCGAAUCCUAUUCUACUCCCAUGUCGGCUGGUUGCUCGUAAGAAAGCAUCCCAUGCUCUUGGAACAAGGGAAACUUACCGACUUGGGCGCAGGAUCCAACAUAAGCCGCACGCGAUGCUGGCCAGCGGUCUUUAUUUUGCUAGGUGAUGGGUACCACAACUUCCACCACGUAUUCCCGUGGGAUUACCGCGCCGCAGAGCUCGAGAGUCCAUUUAAUAUAACAGCAAAGUUUAUAAAAUUCGUCGCGUGGAUCGUCUGGGCUCAUGAUUUGAAGACCGUGCCGCAAGAUUUUGUGGGACAAAAGGCGAUCAGGACUAGCAAUAGGAGACGUGGUAGCAAUGAUGAAGAAGCUGAUAGUUGUGCAAAAGUACUUUAAACCAGCAAGACAGUCUGAUACCUUAGGUUAGCAAUGCAAUGGGUGCCUCCCCACGCAGUCAAGUUGGUUUCAGGAGGCAAAAUUAGUUCGACUAAAUAUAGUACGAUACGUCAUAGAUUAUGCAAUCAUUGGAAAAUGUUAUUCCGUCGACAUUAUUUCGGUUUUAUGUGGUAAGCUAUACUUUAAUACAGAAUGGUAGAGGCGAAUUAGAAUAGAGGAUUCGUUUUUGUUUUCUAUUUGUA